AUGGUGUUUCUGAGUAAUGCAAUUUCUGACAGUAGAUUGGCGGAAGAAGGUGAAUGUGAGGGUGAAGCAUCGGAAAUGGUUUACUCAACCACUGUUUAUGGUAGUAGAUGGUCGGAUCAACCCAUUCCGAGAUUCGAACUACCAGAAGAUGAAAUGCCACCUCAAGUUGCAUAUAAGUUGAUCAAAGAUGACUUGGCGCUCGAUAGCAAGCCAACACUAAAUUUGGCGUCAUUUGUAACAACUUAUAUGGAAGAGGAAGCUGAAAAGCUCAUGGCCGAGAACAUCUCCAAAAACUUUAUUGAUUUCGAAGAAUACCCGAUGUCGGUUGAAAUUCAGAAUCGCUGCGUUAACAUCAUUGCACGUCUCUUUCACGCUCCAGUAGACAAUCCAAGCCAAGAAGCGAUGGGCGUUUCUACUGUCGGAUCCUCAGAAGCAAUCAUGCUCGCCGUAUUGGCUAUGAAACGAAGAUGGCAAGAACAAAGACGCGCGCGAGGAUUGUCUACUGAUAAACCCAACUUGAUUAUGGGUUCUAAUGUACAAGUAUGCUGGGAGAAAGCUUGCAGAUAUUUUGACGUCGAAGAGAGUUAUGUAUACUGCUCUGAAGGUCAAUACACUUUGUUACCCGAAAAGGCAGUUGAGCUUGUUGAUGAGAACACCAUAGGCAUAUGCGCAGUCAACGAUCUUCUCUUAGCCAAAAAAGCGCUUACGGGUGUGGAGAUCCCUAUCCAUGUCGAUGCAGCAUCGGGUGGAUUUGUAGCACCAUUUGUGAAACCUGAUCUAUUAUGGGAUUUCCGAUUGCCGUUAGUCAAAUCGAUUAAUGUCUCUGGGCACAAAUAUGGACUGUGUUAUCCCGGUAUUGGAUGGGCUAUAUGGAGAAGCUCAAAAUAUUUGCCAAAAGAUUUGGUAUUUAAUAUCAAUUACCUGGGGGCUGAUCAGGCAUCGUUCACAUUGAAUUUUUCAAAAGGUGCAUCGCAUGUGAUUGCACAAUAUUACAUUCUCAUUCGUCUUGGCCGAAAAGGCUUUACCUCCAUCAUGGGAAACAUCACAAGACAUGCUGAUCGCCUCGCGAAGAUGUUGGAAGAUACGGGAAGGUUUGAGAUUUUAAGUGAAAGAAACGGAAAGGGCCUACCACUUGUUGCGUUCAGGUUUAAACACAACGAAAAGAUGAAUUACGAUGAGAGAUUAACUGGAACUAUCUUUACCAAGUUUGAUCUUGCAACCAGACUUCGUGAACGCGGGUGGGUUGUUCCCGCGUAUACUAUGGCACCCCAUGCUGAACAUAUAAAGUUACUUCGUGUUGUCUUGCGGGAGGACUUUACACAUGUUCGUUGUGAAUUAUUAUUAAAGGAUAUAAAAAUGGCUCUAUCACUUUUGGAUAAGAUGGAUCGAAGUGCGAUUCAAACUAUGCGUUCUGCUUCACAGCGAUGGACCCUCCUCAAGCAUGCCACGCUCGCCUUUAAGGGAAGUAAAAACAAAACGGAAAAGACUUAUGGUGUCUGUUAG